GUCGCAUGCCACGUCCGAGGACGUCGUAUCCUUGAAUGAACUAACGCUUGGCGAUCUAGAAUCAGGAUUCAGCACCGCGGACAGUGCACGCGCCGGUGUGUCGGCUUUUCAUCUAGGUAACGGCGCAAGCACUGGAAUUGUAAGUAAGAACACAGAUGUCCAUGCAGGUAACGGAACAAUUGCUGAACAACAACCAACGUGGUCACCGACAAGUGAGCCGGCCUUUCCACAAGGCGCCUCAGUUCCCAACAGACUCGCGAGCAAGUCGUAUGAUACAUCUUCAGCGAGAGCAGUUGUAAGAAUACCAAAGCAGAGUCCGGCUAGUGAUGCAGCCACAUCUUUAAUAUCUGAAGAGGAGAUGAUCCAUGCUGGCGGAUCCUUUUUGACUAAGUCUUCUUACGCCGAUCAUGACGAGCACAGACGAGCUUCAGCGCUUACUUCUGCACAUCAGCGCCAGACAAGGUCACCACUAGCUUCAAACCGCGUGUCCCCGGAAAUCCUACGCGCUGUGGCGGCCGCUUGGCUCAUUGAGUAUUUCUUCGUCUACAGCAACGGCCCAGAAUUCGCGGUGCUGCAGUUUUUGGAAUUUCACAACUACAACUUUGCGAAUACUUCUGAUGCGAUCGUUGAGGCUGUCAUUAGCCGCAAUGCGUACCUGUACCGCGUUCUCCUGCGAGGUUGCGUGCUCGUCGUAGACGACGAUGUUGGUGGAGGUUUCUCGAACGAGGUUGUCGGAGGAGCAACUACAGGUCCAAGCGUACCUUCGACGAGAACUACAUUGCAAAAGUACGCAACGCUACCGCUUCAUCCCAAGGAAAGACUGGCACGAGCGCUUUUGCGGCAAAGUGAGCCGGAUCUACGUGCUUUCUGCAGACGCGUCCGCUUUAAGGAGCCCAGGUGUUUGGUAGACCUAGUGCGGGCAGAUCGUGAGGGCUCACAAAUAAGCCUGCUAGAAGAGCUUGCUUCCGCACGCGCUGAGAGGGAACUACAAGUUACGACCACGUCCAAAAUCGUAUCGGUAACUACGUCUGCGAAUGCGGACAGGAAAAAACGAACAUCAAGAACUCUUUCACCAGGCGAUGAAAUUCGAGCCCAGCAGUUACGAGCAGCUGAUAUGUACCGCACGUGUGCGGUGCCCUCAUCGAAUGAAAACGUCUCAUCGAUGAAUGAAAAUAUAAAUACAUCUACUUCCACCCCAGAUGCAGAUGGUCGCACCUCCAC